UUUAACCCAUUCAAAUCCAGCCCCACCUCCUUUUUAGCAAAAAUGGCCUCAAAAUGGAAGGAGGUGAGAAAUGAUCUGGAGAAAAGCAUAGAGCUUAAGAGGUUUGUUGAGCACAUCACGCUUGCUAUUAGAGAACAAUUGGACUCGUCUAAUGCUACUGGCGAGAGCUUAUCUAAGCUUAUUGAGGAGAAAAUACAAGAAACACUAACUGGAGGAGAGGUUGUGUACACUGCACUGCAGGAUAAAGUAGCUCAUGAAGUUAAGUCACACUUCUUAGACGGCAAAACUUCCAAGAAAGAUGCAAUACUUCAAACUGCUGCUGACAUGCUUGUGGAGAAUCCUUCACUAAGAUCUAUGUUAACUGUGUUUGUAAACACCCCACUACACGUACCACUGAGAAAAGCAUUGUGGAGUAUUAUAUUAAAAGAUCAGACUUCAAGAGAGCAGUUUUUGAUGAUCAAUGAAGGAAUGGAAAGAAAGAAAUCGUUAUUUGAUCCUGAGCUGUUGUCAAGAUGUGCUAGUAUUCUGGAAGGGAAAUGCUUAGCAGAGUUUUCGAAACACAAGCAGUUGUCAUAUGAGUAUUGUGCUAUUUUAAGUUUUUGGAAGGAUAAGUCAAAAGCUGAACUGACCACAGCAACCUGCUUGCUCUGUCUUCCAUUUCUCAAUUUAUUCAAAGAUGAACUUCGCCAAUCAUCUAAGGAAGUUAAUUGGCCAAUAGUCGCUGCUGUUGCAGAAAUGUUCACAUCUUACAUGCGAAUAUUGCCGCUAAACAUGAGGAAUGUUAGGCAGAGCUCUCAGUCAUUGCGAGCUCUUGAAGCAUUGUGCAAGGAAGUAGAAGGCGACUUGGAUCCUAUACUGGUUAAUCAUCUGAGGGAGAUUUUUGUAUCUCGAUCUGGCAAAAAUACAAAAGAGGCUUUUCACUAUCAUCUUAGUAUUCUUCUUCAUGAGUUUCUGCAGAGAAUGUUCAUUGGAAUUCUUUCCAUUGAUGUUGUGUCUUAUAUGCUUGAUCAAUGCUUCAUGAUACUGGAAGUCCCCAACUGUUCAUUUAUGCAUUAUCUUGUUGCAUCAUGGCUUUGUUUGCUUGAAAAAAAGCUAAUCAAUUGUCAAACGGUAGAAAAGGUUUCAGAGACAUUGGCCAAAUAUUCUCUUAGUUUAACAGUUGCUGAUUUUCAGGGAGUGAUUAAAGAAAAAUAUCUUGCAAACAUUAUGUCUAAAGUUGAUGUUGUAAAACAUGAUCAUAGUACAAAGAAGCAAGUGGGACGAAAAGUCACUAGUAGAUCAAUCAAUUCACGUACCAGUUUCAAUGACAGUGAGAUUUCUGAGAGAGGGAGAUCAGCGCUUGAAACUCCUGUAAGCCAACAAGACAAAAGACAGAAGGAGAAAAAUGAAAUUGAGGCAGAAAAAUUGAAAUAUGAUACAGAUAUUGCAAAGCUUCAAGCAGAACUUGAAUUGUUAAAAAAGGCAGUGCAUGGACGAGUGUCUAUUAUAAAAAGAGCAGAGUCAUCAAUAGUUACAGAACCUCCUGAGUUACCUGCAUCAUUGCCUCCAUUAAAUAAUACAAACGAAGUAGAGUUGGAUCCUUACAAUAUAACAGAGUCAGAUGUUGCUAAUAUGUGGCUUGGAAUUAUGAGAAGAUUUACUGCUGCUAAAUAUUUAAUUUGCCAUGGGACUGAAGAAGAAAAGAAGCAACUGCAAAAUAUAUAGAUAUAUGUUUUUACACAUGAAAAGGACAUUAUUAAUUUUUUGUCAUUCAUUUUUAAUAUUGGCAACUAAAUCACUUUAUUAGAGUAAUUUAGUUAUUAUUAUUAUUAGAUUCUAUGUUUUUCAGUGAAAUUGUGCUCUAUUUAUUAUUAUUUUAUUUGUUGACAAUGUUGUACAACAAGAUUUA